CAGCCCCGGACGCGGCUGGGAAGGACCCGCCCGCCCCGGUCCCGCCCCUCCGGUGCGGGCGGAGCAAAGGCGAGCUGAGCGGGGCCGAGAUGAUGUGCGGGGGUCCCUCGGCUGCUCGGGCCGCCACCCAGGAGACGCAGCAGAUAGCGGAGGAGGUGAAACCUCAGCUAGAAGAAAAAGAAGGGAAAACAUUUGAUGUCUUCACUGCAGUGGAGUUUAAAACUCAGGUGGUUGCUGGAACAAACUACUUCAUCAAGGUCCAUGUUGGCAAUGACGAGUUCCUGCACCUGCGGGUGUUCAGAAGCCUCCCUCACGAGAACAAGCCGCUGAGUCUCCACAGUUACCAGAGCAGCAAGACCAAGCAUGAUGAACUGACUUAUUUCUAGCAAGCUGAUCUUGGGGCAUUUUUCUAAUCGUUUCUUAUGUGCAUUUUCUGCAGGCUGCAAAAUGUUGAUUCCUGUGCCAACAAAAUAGAAAAUAAAAUGUCUUUUUUUAAACUUAAUGCUGGGAAAAAUCAAUUGAUUUUAUGCCAUUCUCUUUCUGUAUGAUAUCUAAACUGUAGAGUCACACAGCUCUCCUUUUGCCUACAAUAAUGCAAACCCGAGUGGCUGCACUGACUUCAGUGCAACUGAACCAGAAUUCCGUGGCUGAGUCGUCUUUGUGGACUUCCUUGAUCUGAAAAUUGAAAGAGUAGUGACACUGGCACUCAGGCAUUUGCAGCAGGGAGUGAGAUGAAAGCCUGAAUCUUUUCUGUGCUGUUUUAUAACUUUGAGUCCAUCUGGAGAUUUAAAUUGUACAUAUAUCAUGGGAAAAGACCUGAACAGACACUUGAGCUGCAGCAAUUUUGAAAGCAAGAAAAAGAGGAGGAUUAUAGUCUUUGGAAAGAAAUGUUCACCUGUAAUCAUGCUUAUCCUCUUGCAGCAGUAGGACAGAAUGUCCAGUAGAGGGUGUAUGAGUUAAAAAGAAAGCCAAUAUCUUGCUUAUUUCCUCAGUCCUAAGGCAAGUUCCUGGAAAGGAACUCAAGCUGGACAAGCAUGUCUGCAUUAACAACAAUAAAAAUUUCUCUUAAAUUGA